AGGUGGUGGCUGCGCGGGAGGCAGCUGCCAGGGAAACCCAGGCGCGGGACGCUCGGCCAGCAGACAGGCGGGCCGGGGUGUCAUCUCUGCGCCGGGCCUCCAAGAGAGCCUCCCUUGCCUGGGCUGAGGGCCCCUGGUCCGGCAGCCUCCUGUGGACUCGGGCCUUUGCCUGAGCCCGCCAGGGGGCGCCGCACAGAGGGGCUGCGCAGUGGGAGGCGGGCGCGACUGCCGCAGGAAGAGGCGCCGGGCCGGGCCUGAGGAGAGGUGCGCUCGGGAGGUGUCCCUGGACAGGGGCCGGGAGUCCUCACCUCGGACUGAGGCAGGGGUUUCUGGGGGCGAGGAGGGCGCUUCGCCCCCUGCCCCCGUCGGCACCCUGGCCAUGACGGGCAAGUCGGUGAAGGACGUGGAUCGGUACCAGGCGGUCUUGGCCAACCUGCUGCUGGAGGAGGAUAACAAGUUUUGUGCGGACUGCCAGUCUAAAGUUGUACUUCUGUUUGAGCAAGUGGCCAGUUUAAGUAGAUACUAACUUUGAAGAAGUUCUGUAUUGGCCUCUGGAAUGUGACAGUUCAGCAUACCACAUUGAAAAGGCUUUGUGGCAGCGGGUCCAUUGAUGGCUGAACUGCAGGUUCCUUCCCAGUGGAAAACCCCAGAGAUGAGCCAAACCUCCCUUCAGCUGUGGCCAUCCAUCAGCGGCCGCGAUGGGCCUCCUGGAACAUUGGUGUAUUCAUCUGCAUUCGAUGUGCUGGAAUCCACAGGAAUCUGGGGGUGCACAUAUCCAGGGUAAAAUCAGUUAACCUUGACCAGUGGACUCAAGAACAGAUUCAGUGCAUGCAGGAGAUGGGGAACGGAAAGGCAAACCGACUCUACGAAGCCUACCUUCCUGAGACCUUCCGACGACCUCAAAUAGACCCAGCUGUUGAGGGAUUUAUUCGAGAUAAAUAUGAGAAGAAGAAAUACAUGGACCGAAGUCUGGACAUCAAUGCCUUUAGGAAAGAAAAGGAUGACAAGUGGAAAAGAGGGAGUGAACCAGCUCCAGAGAAAAAGAUGGAACCUGUUGUUUUCGAGAAAGUUAAAAUGCCACAGAAAAAAGAAGAUCCACAGCUACCUCGGAAAAGCUCCCCGAAAUCCACAGCACCUGUCAUGGAUUUGUUGGGCCUUGAUGCUCCUAUAUCCUGCUCCAUUGCAAAUAGUAAGACCAGCAAUACCUUAGAGAAGGACUUAGAUCUCUUGGCCUCUGUCCCAUCCCCCUCAUCGGUUUCCAGGAAGGUUGUAGGUUCCAUGCCAACUGCAGGGAGUGCCGGCUCAGUUCCUGAAAACCUGAACUUGUUUCCAGAGCCAGGGAGCAAAUCAGAAGAAACAGGCAAGAAACAGCUCUCGAAAGACUCCAUCCUUUCACUGUAUGGAUCCCAGACGCCUCAGCUACCUGCCCAAGCAAUGUUCAUGGCUCCUGCUCAGAUGGCAUACCCCACAGCCUACCCCAGCUUCCCUGGAGUUACGCCUCCUAACAGUAUGAUGGGAAGCAUGAUGCCCCCAUCAGUAGGCAUGGUAGCUCAGCCAGGAGCUUCUGGGAUGGUUGCCCCCAUGGCCAUGACUGCAGGCUAUAUGGGUGGCAUGCAGGCAUCAGUGAUGGGUGUGCCAAAUGGAAUGAUGACCACGCAGCCAGCUGGCUACCUGGCAGGCAUGGCAGCUAUGCCCCAGCCUGUGUAUGGGGUUCAGUCUGCCCAGCAGCUGCAGUGGAACCUCACUCAGAUGACCCAGCAGAUGGCCGGGAUGAACUUCUGUGGGGCCAACGGUAUGCUGAGCUACGGACCGUCAAUGGGCGGCGGAAAUGGGCAGGCGACAAACCAGACUCUCAGCCCUCAGAUGUGGAAAUAAAGACAAAACACCUGUAUGGCUACCACUAUCCUCAGCCCUGUCCCCCUUUCCCCUCUUUCCUCGACUCUUCCCCUGACCCUUCCCACUCCGCCCCCCUUUCCUGCCCUCUGUUUGGUUUAGAAAUUGCUCAGUCGUCAUUUGGGGUUUGGCAUUCUGCCCAACCCAGCCACUUCCCAACACGCGGACCUCUCUGUUGCUUUAUGUUGUACAUGUCCCUUAGCCAUCCUGACUCCCUCCUAGCCUCAGCCCCAGUCCUCUCCUGGCACCAGCACCUUAGGAAUUGCUGGCAGAAGGCACUUAAUCAGCGGGAGAAACGUGCACACCUUUCAGUACCUUUCCUGCAAGGUUACAUUUCCUGUCAGACUCUCAGAAAGGUCUGUGAGUGUGUGUAGGCGAAGAGGGGAGGCUGAGAGGUACUUCUGUAGGUGUUAAUAAACUAUUUCUACAUUUGUGAACUUUUGAUUGAACAGGGAGGCAUCCUGUUCCCCUAAUUUAUGGGAAUCAAGAAAGUACUGAAAUCAAAUUAAAUAUUCCUUAGAUCUUAGAUGCGGUUGGCCCUUGAGUCAUAAAUCAGGUGGGCCCCACCCUUGGGGUGAGGCAAACCACCUCCUGUGAGGAUGAGCAAAAAUACCACUCCACUUUGCCCUGAAUUGCUCUCUGGAUCUGAGGCUUCAGGACUUGCUGCUUCAGUCCGCCUGUAUUAGCACCAAAGACUUCACGAAGGUGCCCCUCAAAACCGUAGCCGCCGUGCCCCACCUCCGUCCUGCCUGCAGUAGGACCUGGUUCCGCUGCUGGAGGACAGCCCUGCCGCGAGUGCAGAGCUCACAUAGGUACUGCUUGUGUGUGUGCGUGGAUCCUGCCUCCCACUCUUUGCCCAUCUGCUCUGAGUGUUUUUGUUUUUGGUUUAGGUUUACACAGAGAGGGGUUAAUUUAUCAACAGCCUACAACUGUUGCCGCUUUUUAUUAUGGUUUAAAAAACCUGCGAUCUCAUUGAUAGCUGCCUCCCUGCUUUCCCUGCUCCCAAUCUGCCCGUCCCUUUUUCAUGCCUGUGUACCCGAGGUUGCUCUGUUUCCUCACCUGUUUCAGGUGGUGAGGCCGAGAGCCUACACAGCUUUCCUCCCAAUCACCGUUCACCCUACUUGACUAUUAAAACAGGAAAACUUUGCUUAAAAGAUUUCAUCUGUGGGAACCACAGUUCCUGGUUGCCUUCCUCCUGUGUAUGUGUAAAUUCCUUAAUAAAUAUUGCAGGGAAGGACUGUU